AUGGACUGUGACCUGGAUCGGCUGGUGCGAGGACGUGGCGUUGCAUUGGAGGAGAAUCAAUGCCGAGACUUCUGCUCCAAGGUCUUCCUUGGGCUGCUUCACUUGCAUUGUGGGCACGUGAUCCAUCGGGACUUGAAACCUGCGAAUAUUUUCAUCCGCCUGAAAACAAAAGAGGUGAAAAUUGGGGACCUGGGCUUAAGCCGUGGCAUUGCGGUGGAUGGCGAGACCGGCGAGGCCAUCCAUCCAUUGGAGGAGCAGCUCACGGAGUAUGUGGUCACACGUUGGUACCGUGCGCCAGAAGUGCUUCUGGCUAGAUCGAAGUACGGGCCCAAAGUGGAUGUGUGGUCGGUGGGUUGCAUCCUCUACGAGAUGUGGACUGCCAAGGCAUUGUUCCCAGGCAAAAAUAGCCUGGAUCAACUGACAAAAGUGAUGGGCAUUAUGGGACUACCAUCGGAGCAGGAUCAGUGGUGGGUUCCAGAGGAGUCCAAGCCGAUGCUGUUGCGUUGUUCUCAACGACCUGCCAAGGGCUUGUCCCGGAUGCAGGGCAUUCCUGGGGGACAUGGUGCAGACCUCCUGGCCCGGCUCCUGGCCUUCGACCCUUCGCGGCGCCUCUCCGUGGUGGGGCCCCCGCAUCAUCCCUAUUUGGAGAGUUUCGCUUCGGGUCAGGUGGACCGCGCCAAGGCCAAUCCCUGCCCCGAAGAUGACCAAGUCAACAACGACCAGGUCGUUGAAGCAAAAGAACCAGCUGAGCCAAUGGUUGAGCCGGAGCAGCCGAAAGACUUGGAUGCGAUUUUGGCCAAAAUUCAAUCGGCCUCUGGAGAGAUCAUGCAUAGCAUUGAUCAAGAUGAAGCGUUGAGAGAUGCCGAUCCUGAAAAUAAGGAUACAGCAAAUCUGCUUGGAGCUGACAAAGAUUUCGGCUCGCUGGAUGCUGCGAAUGGUGAGAUGCCCGAGGUGGUCAAGCAACAGCUGGAUGAAGCCGCCGAGGCGCGCGAAAAUCUGGUGAUCCAAUGGCGCGAGGUCUGUAAGCCGCGCCGGGCGGGGGCCAUUGCGGCGAAGCGCAGGGGGUCACGCAAGGAUUUCGCGGAUCUCUUUCAGCAAUGGCUGAUAGCCCGCAAUCUCAACGAUGCUUUGGUGCCAGAUCGAUAUGAAGAUGGCUGGAAAGUUUACACGUAUGAUCGGAUGCCCGUGGUGAAGAGCGAGGAGCACUGGGCGCGAGCCUUUCACGGCACGUGGUGGUACUCCGUGUGGCUGGUCCUCGAAUCUGGUGUUUUCCUGGAAUCCAAUGACCGAGACAAAGGCCACGACUUCUGGGAGCCGGGUGUCUACUGCUCACCGAAUCUAUCGACUGCCAGGUGGUAUGCUCGGCCUCACAUCCUCUUCGGCGACGGAGUGUACCACCGAGUGAUUUUCGAACUCCGGGUGAACGAAGAGAAGCGGAUCAGGAACCGACAACGGGGUGGAGUGCAAUGGGUCUUCAAGCCAGAUGCUGUAUCGCUGCAUGCGGUCUGGGUGCAACGCAAUGCGCCCCCUGCCAAUGGCGAGGAGCGCAUCAAUGACUGGGAUCCCAAGCUGGAGGCGCGACCAUUUGGCAAAGAGCUGAUUGAUGCCACCCGGAGCUGGCGCUGCAGUGACGAUACGAAUCACUGGGACUUGGAGUUUUCGGACACUGAAGAGGAUGAGCCAGGUGAGAAGGAGCCGGAAGAUCAGCCCGUUGCUCCCCACCUCCAUGCCUCCCAGCCUUGGCCCAAAGCCAGCCCUGUGCCCAGCUCAGCACCUUCCAUGAUCCCCGCUGCGCACCGCACUGGCGCCGGCCUCAACGGCCUGCCGGGCAUGGGGCCCUUUACGCGGCGCCAUGGCCACGGGGUGCUGCCUCCGCCCGGGAACAUCUACGCACAGGAGGCGGCGCGGGCGAACGGUGCCCUGCCAUCGCCUUGGGAGGCCAGAAAUGGAAGAGCCGUGAGCCAUGGCAGUUCCCAUGGGCUACGGCCCAUUGGAAAAGGGGACUGGGCCAAGCCGUGGCAGAACGGCGAAGGGAAGGCUCGAAACACUCCGCGGAAGCGAUUUCAGCAGCCGAAGAAACGAAAGGCUGAGGAAAUGGAUAAGAAGCAGGAGGAGGAAAAGAAGGAGGAAAAGAAGUCCGAAAAUAUUGAUGAUGAUGAGGGCUUUUUGGCUUAUCUCGAAAGAUUGGAGCAGGAACGAAAGGAAAAGGAGAAGGCUGAGAAAGAGAAAGAUGCUGGUUUAUGCGCGGUGGAGGUGACACCUGCGGACGUCUCUUAUGACACGCAAUAUGAUGGGCUUAGCAAAGGCCAGGGACGCUUGGCCUCAGCGAAGCUUUCAAGAAUGCUGCGCCAGGAGGCGGCGUCGAGACGACCACUCAGCCGUGAGUCAGCCGACGAAGCGAGCCGAAGAACGGCGCUCUUCAGGCAGGCUGCGACUGAAGGUGUCCACGACGUCCACGAGAAGCCACGGGCCACGUCGCAAUCGCGUCGAGAAAGACGGCCAACGUUGGCGGCCAGUCGCAGCUAUCAGAAGAUUCACGUGAGCCCAAGACGGUCAGAGCCAAAUCCGGAAGUCCUUCCAGCCGACCUCUUAGAGUUGCCGAAAGCUCCGCAGCCCGCGCAGCCCGCGCAGCCCGCGCAGCCCGCCGCAGAAAGCGCUCCGGUGGAGGAUGUGGCAGGUCACCUUGACAUGCCGUCCAUCUCCACCCCUGGCCGGCGCGACAAAACGCUGCCGGCGGCGGCCAUUCCGGCGCCGGGGAAGCUGCGAAGCCGCACUGCGUGGAAAAAGGCCCUGGUAGCGGCCCACCAGGCGCGCGCCACGCUGGCAGAGCUGGAAACGCGGCAGGAGUUGCUGACGCCGCCCAAGUUGAGCCGGGACAAGGAGGCAACACGCGCCGCGUUCAACGAGGAAGCUGCUAUAACGCUGGAGUUGGACAAGUUGCAGUUACUUCAAGAUCAGCAAGAGAAGAAACUGCAGCGCUUCCUGGAUGGAAAUCUCAUCUCCAGCCUUUCCAAUCUCUCGGAGGACAUCUCCAUGGGACGGCGGCUCUCCCUCCCUGCGGAUGUGGCUGAUCGGCGGGUCAGCAAGCUGGACUUAGCGCGGGAUGCAGCGAAGUUGGCUUCGCAAAGCAUGGCCAGGGAUGUUCGGCCUUUGGACAUCUCUGCUACGGCGCUGGGUUCUCCCUCGGGUCCAUUGAGGACCACUGCAGCAUCGGCCUGCGAUCAUGCGGGUCUCGAGGCCCUGGAGCCCUUGGAGCGACCGCAGCUGGAGGUGAAGUCCGACAAGUCCUUUGGGGCGCGAGCCUCACCUCGCCGCAAAGGUCAGCAACCACAGCAGAGCCAGUCAGCUACACCAAGGCAAAGGCGGCCAAGCGCGGUACAAUCAUCACCGAGAAAGGCCGGUGACGGACGAUCUGCGAGCCCCGGCCUGGCGCGACGGAAAAACAGCCGCGGCACGCAACCCAUGUCGCAGAAGGCAGACAGCUUCCGGAGCAAGUCUCCCAGUGCCACAGGUGCGCGGCCCCAGAAGUUGCCAGCCCCGCCUCCAGAGACGAAAGCGCAGAGUGGAAGGGGUGUUCCCAGUGAAGCGCCGCUGCCGCGAAGGCAUUCCGAUGCCCCGAUCCUACGACGAGAGAACCCGUUUGACGCGAAGACCAAGACUCGCCCGGCAGGAGAGUCGAAGGACAAAGUGCCUUUAGAGACCUUGAGACUUAAGGAUGUGGUGACUGAAGCGGAAACUCCAACUGAUCUGGACAGUCCACUCAGGAGCUGCGUUCAGCCGGAGCCAUCCGAACACUGUGAGGGACGGAGGAACGUGGCCAGAGCAUGGCCGGUGUGUCCGGCUGACCUGGGAGAUGACGAGCUCGAUUUUGCAGCUCCGGCCUUUCCGCAGCCUGCACGAGCAUCCUGCGUGGCCCGCGUUGGUGAGUGACGCAGGAUGAUAGCUGCGUAGCUCUGCAUGGUUAAUGUGUCUGAUGUGUCUGCAACAUUCUGCAACUCGUUUUUUUGGUCACAGCUCUGAAACC